AUGACUAGCAACGAAGAUUUCGCAAUGGCUUUAUGUCAUUUGUCAAUUACAGCAGGGGCUGCUUCGCAAGUGAAAGUAUCACCUAGACGUGACAAGCAGUGGUUUACUAUUGAGCUUAAAGAUGAUGGUGACAUAGGUACUUUUCCAUUAAUUAAUGUUGGUGGUGUUUCGGUUAUCAAAUACACUGGUGAGAUUUUUGCUGUUGCUCCAGCAUUUAUUGAUGAUGCAGAUGACGGUUUUGACCAUGUUAUUAUUGUCAACGUUGAUAAACACGAUGAUGGCAAAAUCAAACAAAUAUCAAGGCCAUUAUUGGUUAGAUCGUCUAUUAUCAAUGCUUAA